AUGGCCGAUGUCGGCGCUGGUCUGCAAGCAAUUGAGGACUUGGACCGACAACGUAACGCUCAUCACCAAGAUAUCGAUGCUCAGCCUGCACGACGCCAGUCAAUUGGAUAUGGGCAAACAGGCGAGGGAGAUUACAGCCUCUUUAGCUGCAUUCCUGGAUUCAGCGAACGCAAGUCGAAAUUCAAAGCGUAUGCGAAGAGCACUCAGCUGAGACGUCGUCUGACGUCUUCCUGCUACGUGCUGCUGACGCUAGCUUACGUCGCGUAUCUCCUCGUCGCGCUGCACGUCGACACCGACGUUGACGAGGCAGAUUACUGGUGCGAGGGCGACGGUUUCUUGCUCUUCGUCACGGGCUUCUUGGCUAUCCUCGUCGUUUACUUUCUGGGUAUGAAGCCGUUGGUGCGGUGGGUGAUAUACCUCAUCGUAACAGUUGCCAUAUCAUUCUACUUGUACGUCGACACGAGCAAUGACCGCAGGCGACUGCAGUCAUUGGUGGGCCUCUUCUUGUUCAUUUUGUUGGGCUUUGUCUUCUCAGUCGCGCCCAAAAAAGUUAUCUGGAGACAAGUCAUUUGGGGCCUCGCCCUCCAGUUCAUUCUGGGCGUUAUUGUCCUCAGGUGGCCCGUGGGGCGCAAGCUCUUCGAGUGUACGGGGAGGAAAUUAUCCCAAAUUCUGUUGUUCACGCAAAACGGUAGCAACCAUGUUUUUGGACCUCUUGGAACGAAGUUCGCCGUCUUUGCGUUCAAGAUCCUGCCUACUGUGAUAUUCUUCAGUUUUUGCGUUAAAAUACUUUACUACAUCGGCAUCAUGCAGUGGAUUGUGAUUAAACUUGGUUGGCUUAUGCAAGCCACCAUCGGCACGACUCCCUGUGAGAGCGUCAUCGCAGCGGCCAGCAUCUUCCUAAGCAUGUCUGAAGCGCCGUUGCUGAUCCGCCCCUUCAUCCACCUGAUGACGAUGUCGGAGCUACACGCGGUGAUGACCGGCGGCUUUGCCACCAUCGCGGGCUCGGUGAUGGCAGCCUACAUCAGCUUCGGGGUCUCGGCGUCGCACCUCCUCAGCGCCUCCGUCAUGAGCGCCCCAGCAGCGCUCGCGUACUCCAAGCUCUUCUACCCAGAGACCGAAGUCAGCAAGACGUCUGCUCAGGAAAUUCCCGUAGUCAGAAGCGAUGAAACUAACGUCCUACACGCUGCGGUCGAGGGUGUGGUAGCCGCGCUGCCUCUGGUGGCCAACAUCGCAGCGAACCUCAUCACCUUCAUCGCCUUCAUCGCCUUCUUCAACGCCAUCUUCGACUGGUCCUGUGUACUCGUCGGUGCAGAUGCAGGCGUCUGCACGCUCCAGAAUGUGUUCGGGUACAUCUUCAUGCCGCUGGCGUGGAGUAUGGGUGUGCCUUGGGACGAGUGUCAUGCCGUGGGGACGCUCCUGGGACUCAAGACCAUCGUCAACGAGUUCGUCGCCUACUCGGCUAUGUCCGAAAUGAUCAAAGAUGACCAACUUUCUACUCGGUCGCAGGUGAUCGCAACGUACGCCUUGUGCGGCUUUAGCAACCUCGCGUCCAUGGGCAUCCAGCUCGGCGUGAUCGGCGCGCUGGCUCCAGAGCGCCGUACUCACGUCGCCAGCAUCGUCUUCAGGGCCAUGAUUGCUGGCAGUGCUGCGUGCUUCAUGACUGCGUGUAUUGCAGGCGUUCUGCUGGGUGACGAGAGUUCGUAACCGGCAGCAAUCAGCAGCAG